AUGGCCCGGCUGGGCGUGUUGCUCCUGGCCGCCGCCCUGGGCGCUCUACUGAGCUUCGCGCUGCUGGCCGCCGCGGUCGCCAGCGACUACUGGUACAUCCUGGAGGUGGCGGACGCCAGCGGCGAGCGCAGCGGCGGUGCGGAGCAGCUGUCCUCGCACUCUGGGCUCUGGCGCACCUGUGAAGGACAGAGCAGCUGUGUCCCCUUGAUUGACCCUUUUGCCAGCGAGGGACUGGAUGCCUCCCCUUCGGUGCAGCACCUCCUCUCACUGCACCGUGCCGUCAUGGUGGUCCUGCCCCUCAGCUUGGUCCUCAUUGUGUGUGGCUGGGUCUGCGGCCUGCUCAGCUCCCUGACUCAGAGCGUCCCUCUGCUGCUCCUCACCGGCUGCUACUUCUUGCUGGGGGGUGCCCUGACCCUGGCGGGGGUCAGCGUGUACAUCCGCUACUCACACCUGGCCUUGGCAGAGACGACCCGCCAGUAUGGUGCCCAGCGCAUGCAGGGUGUGCGCAUCAGCUUCGGCUGGUCUGCUGCCCUGGCCUGGGGCUCCUGCACCCUGGAGGCACUCAGUGGUGCCCUCCUGCUCACCGCUGCCCACACCCUCAGUCUGAGCCGGCGCCCUGAAGCACCCCACUCUGUGGUCAUCUGA